UUAAAUUUCUAUUUUGUUUUUUUUGUUUUCCCCUUCGGGGAUAAAUGUCUCGGUUUUCUCAACUGGUAUCUUCUAAUGUUUCAAUAGGGUUUCGAAUUUUUUCUGUGUUUCCUUCCGAGAUUCUCUCUGCUUUGGUUUUCUCAGUUUUUUUUCCUAAUUCGCGGCUCUCCCAGGUUGAAUUUGAGAGAAAUGGGCACUUUCCCCUUUUGAUCUUCUCGUCGAAUCAAGCAUCAAAAUCUGAGCUUCUUUUGUUCUCCCGCUGGUUUUUUGAUUUGGGGUGGAUUUUUUUGUUAUUUCUAUAUUGGGCAUCCUAGUACAUUGAAUUGGUUCGGCAUUCACUCGAAUUUGCAACGUGAGAGCUGGAGAAGCUGCGAUGAAGUGGGUAUUCUCCAAGUAGCAUUCAAUUCGAGGUCGAAUAUUCAGUCCGUGCAUGGAUUCUGGAAGGGAUGCGGGUGGUGUGGCAGGAACAGUUCUAAUUCCCAUGCGUUUUGUUUGGCCAUAUGGAGGAAGGAGUGUGUUUCUCUGCGGUUCUUUCACACGGUGGUCUGAGCUUCUACCGAUGUCGCCAGUGGAAGGAUGUCCAACCGUGUUUCAAGUUAUUUAUAAUUUGCCACCCGGUUACCAUCAGUACAAGUUUUUUGUUGAUGGAGAAUGGCGACAUGAUGAACAUCAACCUUACGUACCAGGAGAAUAUGGGAUGUUCAACACUGUCUUCUUGGCUACUGAUCCCAACUACAUACCUGUUUUGAAUUCAGAUGUUGCACCUGGAAAUAGCAUGGAUGUGGAUAAUGAGGCUUUUCGCCGAGUGGUCCGGUUGACUGAUGGUAGUGAGGUGCUGCCAAGAAUAUCCGAAGCUGAUGUACAAAUCUCCCGUCAGCGUAUUUCUGCAUUUCUUUCUUCCCACACUGCUUAUGAAUUACUUCCCGAGUCAGGCAAGGUUGUUGCUUUGGACGUUGAUCUACCAGUGAAACAGGCAUUUCAUAUACUGCAUGAGCAGGGAAUUUUCAUGGCUCCUCUUUGGGACUUCUGCAAGGGGCAGUUUGUUGGUGUUCUUAGUGCUUUGGAUUUUAUUUUAAUUUUAAGAGAGCUGGGGAAUCAUGGGUCGAAUCUGACAGAGGAGGAGCUUGAAACACAUUCCAUAUCAGCUUGGAAAGAAGGAAAGUCUUAUCUGAAUAGGCAGAACAAUGGACAUGGAGCUGUGUUUUCCAGACGUUUUAUCCAUUCAGGGCCAUAUGACAAUCUGAAAGAUAUUGCCGUGAAAAUCCUCCAAAAGGAGGUUUCAACUGUUCCUGUUAUCCAUUGUUCUUCUGAACAUGCUUCAUUUCCACAGUUACUACACCUUGCUUCACUUUCAGGAAUCCUUAAAUGCAUUUGUAGGUAUUUUAGGCACUGCUCUAGUUCCUUGCCUGCACUUCAAUUUCCAAUCUGUGCAAUCCCUGUGGGCACGUGGGUACCCAAAAUUGGGGAAUCAAAUCGGCGGCCUCUAGCAAUGUUGAGACCAACCGCUUCUCUUGCUUCAGCCCUAAAUUUAUUAGUUCAAGCCCAAGUAAGCUCAAUACCUAUAGUUGAUGAUAAUGACUCGUUACUGGAUAUAUAUUGUCGGAGUGACAUAACAGCUUUGGCGAAGAACAGAGCGUAUACACAUAUUAAUCUUGAUGAAAUGACUGUUCAUCAGGCAAGUUCUUUUUCAUCAUUUUGCAUACCUAUAAACUGCCAACAAUCAAUGUUUUUAACACAUAUAUGUUCUGAUUUCAUCUUUUCCUCAUUGACUUGGGAUGUUUAUUGAGCCUACUAGCCUAGGGGACGCGGAUGAUCUUAAGAAUUUGUAGAUUUAUUUAGCACCCUUUCUGUAAUUAUUUUUCUUUUAAAAAGCAAUGUUUAGUUGACAUUAUAUAGCACAAGGUUAGCUAGAAGGUCUUGAUUUAGGGGUUUGGUCUUGUUGAAAUAUAUAAUUUCCUUUAUUCUUAAAGUAAUGUAGCCUCAUAUCAUGAAUAACAUUUGAACAUGUGUUUUUUUUUUCUUGACUAUUUGCUGCUGAGUAGAUCCUGUGGAUGAUACUCACUAAACUUGAUGAAUAAAUAGAUUCUUAAGUAAUAUCUAGUAUGAUAUGGAAUUUGAUUAUUUUUUUCCCUUCAAACAUUAAGGUCAAAAAGGCUUUGAUUUAGGUGUCUGGUCUUGGUGAAAUAUACAAUUUCCUUUAUUUUUAAAAUAAUGUAGCCUCAUUUCUUGAAUAACAGUUGAUUAUAUGUUUAUUUUUCUUGACUAUUUGCUAUUGAGUAGAUACAGUGGAUGACACUCAAUAGACAUUGAUGACUAAAUAGAUUCUUACGUAACAUUAAGGAAGUUGGGUAAUUUGAUAUUUGUUUUUCGAACAUUAAUGUCGAUGCCAAGUUGAGGCUCUUUACUUUUUGAUGUCAACAGUCAAGGUGCAAUAUAUAUGGGAAAAGAUUCACUUAUGCUGGGGGCAAUUCUUGCAAACUACUUUACUUAAGAACUUGUUAUAUAAUAUAAAUUCCAUAAAUCCAACCAUUGAAUUUAGAUAAAUUGAAAUUUUUGUAUGUAUAUAAUCUUA